AUUGAGCCACGGUUUUAUGAUGUACGGUCUUUUGACAAUAACACUGAUGUAAUAUUUUUUAAACCUAACAAUGAUUUUUAAUUUAAUUAUUACGCUUUUUGCACUGAGUUUGUGUGAAAGUAAAAGGUACGAUGGAUUCAUGCUGUUGCGGGGAAUGCCUGCUAGCGAGGAACAUUUAGAAUUUUUCAAAAACGUAACGAAGAGCUAUGAUGUGAACGUGUGGCAGCCUCCAGGUUUGGUCAACAGGGCCGUUGAUUUCAUCAUAAGUCCUGACCAUGCCGAAAUUGUGAAGUCCGCAGCCAGGAAUCGGAAUAUUUCGUUGCAAACACUACAUAGUGACAUACAGAGCGCGCUCGACAAUCAAACUGUGAACACGUACAGUAGGCGCAACACCAAAUCAUUUAACUGGGAGAGCUAUUAUCGCGCACAUGAUAUAGUCAACUGGAUGAUGGACCUAAAAACACAGUACCCAGAAGAAAUCAGCUUGUUUAGUAUCGGGAAAUCACUCGAAGGCAGGGAUAUUAUGUGCAUGAAGAUGAUCUUCAAAGGAUCCAAACGAAGGUCAAAAGUUGUGAUUGAAGGCGGUAUACAUGCGCGGGAGUGGAUAGGGACAGCCAUGGUCACGUAUAUCAUCAAUGAGCUGAUCCAUGCCCGUAACGGUUUGAGGGAUAAACAACUGCAAGACAUCGCUUAUAACUACGAGUGGUUCGUCAUUCCAAUAUUUAAUAUAGAUGGCUACGAAUAUUCACACACAACGGAUCGGAUGUGGAGGAAAAAUCGCCGUGGCGGUCAUGGUGUCGAUCUGAACCGAAACUUUGAUGCGGCUUUUGGAACCGUUGGAGUUACAUUAACCGAUAAAGAUUCAGAAGAAUAUUGCGGCCCUAAAGCAUUCUCUGAACCAGAAACCCAACAUAUAAGAAGAUUUAUGCAAUCCACCAGCAAGCAUUUGCCAAUUAGCCAUUACAUAUCAUUCCAUGCAUAUGGGCAGCUCUUCAUCAUACCGUACGCGUAUACUAAGAAACACCUUGAAAAUUUUAAUGAAAUGAAAAAUAUAGGAGACAGAGCAGCAGCAGAAAUAAAGAAGAGAUAUGGGACGGAAUACACUGUAGGGACAGCAUUUGACACCGUAGGUUAUAUGGCAGCUGGUGUAAGUGCAUGCUGGGCCAAGAAGACAUUUAAUAUUCCGUUCGUGAACGUAUUUGAGCUUCGUGACACUGGCAAACACGGCUUUGCCUUGCCGGCUAACCAGAUCAAACAUACAUGCCUGGAAACCAUGGAUGGACUGAUGGAGGUCCUUAAACCACGGCAGCGAACCAAGUUAUCAGGACAAGAUACCGACUACGAUGACCAACCCAAUGGCCAGGCUAUUACUACUUUGAAUGGAUUAGUCUUUUCGAUAAAUGUUUUUUUUUUCUGGCUUUUCGGUUUUAUGAUUGUUAAUUUUUUUAUUACACUUCUUGCAGUCACUUUAUGUGAAAGUAAAAGAUACGAUGGGUUUAUGCUGUUGCGAGGUAUGCCUGCUAGCGAGGAACAUUUAGAUUUUUUCAAAAACGUAACGAAAAACUACGAUGUAAAUGUGUGGCAGCCUCCAGGUUUGGUCAACAAGCCUGUUGAUUUCAUAAUAAGUCCUGAUCAUGCUGAAAUUGUUAAAUCUGCAGCCAAGAAUAGUAACAUUUCCUUACUAACGCUACAUAGUGAUAUACAGAGCGCGUUCGACAAUCAAACUGUGAACACGUACAGCAGACGCAAUACCAAAUCAUUUAACUGGAAUAGCUAUUAUCGCGCAAAGGAUAUAGUCAACUGGAUGAAAGACAUAAAAUCACUGUAUCCAAAAGAAAUCAGCUUGUUCAGCAUCGGGAAAUCGUUAGAAGGCAGUGAUAUUGUGUGUAUGAAGAUCAUCUUCAAAGGAUCUAAACGAAGGUCCAAAGUUGUGAUUGAAGGCGGCAUACAUGCGCGGGAGUGGAUAUCGCCAGCCGUAGUCACGUAUAUCAUCAAUGAGUUGAUUCAAGCGCGUAAAGGCUUGAGGAAUAAAGAACUGCAAAUAAUUGCUUAUAACUACGAGUGGUUUAUCAUUCCUUUAUUUAAUAUAGAUGGCUACGAAUAUUCGCACACAACGGAUCGGAUGUGGAGAAAAAAUCGCCGUGGCGGUUAUGGGGUUGAUCUAAACCGAAACUUUGAUGUCGCUUUUGGAACUGUUGGAGUUACAUUAACGGAUAAAAAAGAUGAUAUCUAUUGCGGACCUAAAGCAUUCUCUGAACCAGAAACCCAACAUAUGAGAAAAUUUAUGCAAUCCAUCAGCAAGAAUUUGCUAAUUAGCCAUUAUAUAUCAUUCCAUGCAUAUGGGCAACUUUUUAUCCUACCGUACGCCUAUACUAAGAAACACCUUGAAAAUUUUAAUGAAAUGAAAAAAAUAGGAGAAAAUACAGCGGCACGUAUAAAGAAGAGAUACGGGGCAAAAUACACUGUAGGGACAGCAUUUGAUACUCUAGGAUACAUGGCAUCUGGUUCCAGCGUAUGUUGGGCAAAGAAAUCAUUUAAAAUUCCGUACGUGAACGUAUUCGAGCUUCGCGACUCUGGAAAAUACGGCUUUGCCUUGCCGGCCAACCAGAUCAAACACACAUGCCUGGAAACCAUGGAUGGACUGAUGGAGCUCCUCAAACCACGGCAGCGAACCAAGCUAUCAGGACAAGAUGACGACUGCGAAGAGUACGAAGACCAACUCGACGGCCAGGCUAUGACUACUUUGAAUGGAUUGGUCAUUUCGAUAAAUGUUUUUCUUAUCUGGCUUUUCUGUAUAUAAUUUUUUUUGUUGUUUAAUUAUAAACAUACAUGUUACAUUAA